AUGAGAACCGACAGUACGAAGGCCUCACAUUGGUGGAAGGUGAUGUGCCGCUGUCGACUCCAAUGUCACGAAGUCCCCCGGUCUUCAAACAAAGUAGUGGUAGUGUUUGGGUUUUUUCUGGUCUGGAAAUGCAGUUGGAAUUACUCACAACAGCAAAGCCCCCAAGGCACGCCUAUUUUCCGUCUUCAGCUAGAUGUGCCGGUAACAUGGAGGGUUGAUGAGAGCUGGCCCUUGACCUGGAAGCUCACAUAUCAUGGAGUGGAAGGAGACGAUAGUACCUCUCAGCCGAUCACCUUCUCGAACAGCGAUUUCUCGAAUUGGGGGGUGUUCUGUGUCUAUCGGCGCAGUUCAUAUACGGGGACAUGGGGGCCCUGGCGCAGUUAUAGAACUGUCGGAUGCCACCAGUUUGAAGAUCAAGAUUCCCCGUGCACGGUAGGUACGAGCGAUAUGUUUGUUACUCUUGAACCCCACGAGACCUGGAUACAUGUUGAGGAGCGCGAAAUUGAAUUUGAUCUGCCGGAGGAUGCUCAGACCGGCGAGGUCCUCCGAUACCAGUUCGAGGGAUGCAAGCUGAGCUGUUAA